AUGAUUUUGAAUGUUUUGGGCUAUCAAAGCUCUCGUGAGGUAAAAAUAGAGUCUAGCAGAGAAGAGUCUGGAAGAGAGGAGGAGGACCUUUUGGAGAGAAGUGUUAAGAAAGCUAAGGAAGGUGAGAAUGAAGAUGAAUCUAUGGAAGAGGGGAAUCUGGAUAAAGCGAACAGUAGGCUAGCGGCGGAUACAACGAAGGACUCUCAUACUCCUAAAGCGGAAGGGAGGAAGGUAGUCUCUUACAAAGAUAUGGCCCUCCAACUGAACGAAGAGGACAAUGGAUUCCAAAGUGACGAGGAGGACUGGAUGACUAUCCAGAGAAAGGAGGAGGAAGAUGAGGAGGUUACAGAAGAGGAGCCCCUGUUCAUCAGGACAACCCUCUCUGCCCAGUCUAUCACUUCUCCAAAAAAUAGCAUAAAGAAGAUUGCAAGAGGUGGAGAUCAGAUAUAA